AUGUUAUCUAAUCAUAGUCGUCAGUCAUUUAAAAAACAUCAAAUUCAACAUCAUAGACCAAAAUUAAAGCACAACCAUCAAAAAAAAUUUUCCUCCAAAGUAGAACAAUCAUCAUCUAUCAUUCAUUCAUAUCAACUUUUAUUGAAUCUUCAACAACCUAGAAGACAUUUUUUAUCUUAUACAAUAACUGAACUCGAAUCAAUCUGUCAACAAAUAGCAAUACAAAAAAUGUCAUCCACAAUAUCAUUAAUAACAACUUGUCCAUUAGUUUGUUUAUUUUGUGAAAAUUUAAUUUAUGAACCUAUAACACUUUAUUGUGGUCAUACAUAUUGUGAACAAUGUAUAAAAGAUAAAGAACUUGCUUCAUUAUCAAUAAAUUGUUUACGUUGUUCAAAAGAUAUUCAAGAACAAAUACAAUCACCCAUUGUACAUGCAAGAGAAAAACUUUAUAGUAAAAAUCAUUUUCUUAAACAAAUUAUUGAACGUAUUGAAAAAUUAAAAUUUAAAUGUGACAAUAUUUUAUUAUGUUAUAAAGCACAAAAUGAAUAUGAAAAUAAAAAUUAUCAACAAGCAAUUGAUAUUUAUUCACAUAUAUUAGAUCAAUACGAUGAUGAUCAUAUGGCAUUAUAUGGUCGAGCUAAAACCUAUAUAACUUUAAAAGAACUUGAUAAAGCUCUUACUGAUAUUGAACGAGUUAUACGAUUUAAACCACAUUGGGCGAAAGGUUAUUACUGUCGAAGUGAAAUAUUAUUUGAAAUGAAACGUUGUACAGCUGCAUUAUUAUCAUCAUUACAAGGACUCUCAAUCGAUCCUGAAGAUCAUAUAGGCAAACGAAUAAUGGCUCGACAUCUUCAUGCUGUUCUACACGACAAUGAUAAUACAGAAACUACAAUAACAACGGAAAAUGAAUUAGACACACUUCUAUCAACAAAUAACAAUACCAAGGAAAUGAUAACUUCUGCAUCAGCUUCAUGCCUCUGUACGUUAUUUGAUUGUAAAUGUUUACGUGCAAGAGAUUUUGAAUGUUCAAUAUGCGUCAAUCUACUAUGGUUUCCAGUAACAACACCAUGUGGUCAUGUUUUUUGUCGGGAAUGCCUUAUUCGUUCUGUAGAUAAUACACAAGUUCAAUGUCCAAUGUGUAAAAGUUCAUUAGAAGAAUUCUUUCCAAUGUUAAUACAAUCACAUGUGAAUAAAACUGAAAUUAUAUCACAAAUUAUUGAAAGUUAUUUUCCAAAUGAAUUUAAUGAACGAAAACAAUUAUAUGAACAAGAAAAUAUUCAAGGAGCAUCAGUUCCACAAUCGUCAAUAAAUAAUGUUGAAUCAACUAUAUUUGAAAUUCCAAUAUUCGUAUGUGUGCUAGCUUUACCAUAUUGUACAUGUCCAUUACAUGUAUUUGAACCACGUUAUCGUUUAAUGAUGCGUCGAACAAUUGAAACUGAAUCACGUACAUUUGGCAUGUGUAAAUAUGAUCAAGAAACAGAUACAUUUGCUAAUUAUGGUACAUUAUUAUAUAUACGUGGUCUUGUUUAUACUCGUGAUGGUCGUUCAAUAGUUGAUACAAUAGGUCAACGACGUUUUCAUGUUAUGGAUCGUGGAGAAAGAGAUGGAUAUUGUACAGCACGUAUACAACUUAUUCAAGAUCAUCCGAUUGAAAAUGGCGAAUUCAAUGAUUUAUAUGAACUUAAUCGAAAUACUUAUAAUCGUGUACGUGUUUGGUUUGAUCAACUUGAUGCAUAUCGACGAACAUUAAUAACUCGUCAAUUAGAAGGUUAUCCACUAUGUGAUGAUCUAACUCAUCAAUCAACUGAUGGACCAAGUUGGACUUGGAUAAUGUUAAAUUUAUUACCUAUCGAAGAAAAUCUUCAAUAUGCAGCAUUGAUUUCAGAAUCAUUUCGUACUCGUUUACAAAUAAUUAAUGAUACAAUAGAUUUUUUACUCAAUCAACAACAACAACAAAUAAUAACUUCUACAACUGAUGAAUCAUAG